CUGGCAUUCGAUAACGAGGAAUUUUAUCCUGCAUCACAGAACCGAGAGUUGACGAUCAUAAGAUCUUUCAACGACCGUCCCUUCUCCUCCAUCCAACAGAAAACCGACCAACCGUCCCUUGCAGCUCUAUCAGUACCCUCCCAAGCGCCAUUCCGCUUCCGAUUCCGAUAUGCGCGUUUGCUCCUCCUCCCCAAUCUGGUUACACUCCUGGUUAUGUUAGGGUUUCAAGAACAGCAUGUUGUCGAUGAUUGAGACUCUGAGGCCGGUUCCACACUCCAGGUGGCUCCACGCGGACUCCGAUUGUAGAUACCGUUAUCCUCCUCCUGCUCCUACUCGCUCUUUCCCAUUCCGCGCUCAUUCUAGGGUUCAUUACAGGGAUCCGCUGCGGCUCCCUCGUCCCGUGAACUUGCUCACUGGUUCUUUGCCCUGCCGAACUCUGCGAGGUUCUGAUCUAUGGGGAAGUGGAGUUUGGAGGAAUUGUAGAUUGAGAGAGCACAGAAUAUUAGCGAAUUGUCAGGACGGCGAUUCAACGGCAAACUCGAGCGAGCCGAUAGCGGACACCGAAGGGCAGCAGAUUAGCAGCACGAAUACGCCCAAUUCGGGUCCGAAGCAGAAGAGGGAGAAGCAAGGGAAAGGUGAGUGGUGGUGGUGGUGGUCCAAGCGGCAGAAUUGGAAAUGGCAGCCUCUGAUUGAAGCUCAGGAGGUCGGGGUGUUGCUUUUGCAAUUAGGGAUUGUUAUGUUCGUUAUGCGGCUGCUGCGGCCGGGGAUUCCGUUGCCAGGGUCGGAGCCAAAACCGCCGACCACUUUCGUUAGUGUACCAUUCAGUGAUUUUUUGAGCAAGAUUACUAGCAACAAGGUGCGGAAAGUGGAGGUUGAUGGCGUGCACAUUAUGUUCAAACUGAAACAUGAGGCAACCGGAAAUCAGGAGAGCGCGGAAGUGGUUGAUGGUAGGUGGCAGGAGUCGGAGCCGUUGUUAAGGAGCGUCGCUCCAACCACAAGGAGGAUUGUGUACACAACUACUAGACCCAGUGAUAUCAAGACUCCCUACGAGAAAAUGCUCGAAAACCAGGUGGAGUUUGGGUCGCCUGAUAAGAGGUCUGGUGGAUUUUUCAACUCAGCUUUGGUGAGUACGUGUUUGGUUGUGGUUGUGACAAGCUGUUAUGAUCUAGAUAAACCAUGGAGUAGUAUUGCUUAGUAAGCGACAACAAGUAGAAAGUCUUUGCGGGUUUGCUGAAGUUUGCUCGCGUGGUCAUGAUUUGCAAUGCAAGUAAUUGCAUAUGGGGGCGGUUCUUCAUGCAGACACAUAGUGCAAGUCUUCAUCUUUUGCCAAACUAGUUAUGCAUGGAGAUUGAACUAGGAAAAUGAAUAUCUUUAUUGCUUGAGCACAUGCUUUUUUCUACAGUUUGUGGGCCAACUACGCAGUUAUUUGCAUCAAUCCGCUUAGGGGCUGUUUUCCAAACGUGGAGUUUUACAAGUUUGUUUUUCCCUUUCAAUCCCAGAUAGCUUUGUUCUAUGUCGCUGUGCUUGCUGGACUUCUCCAUAGAUUCCCUGUUAGCUUUUCUCAGCAUUCUGCUGGUCAGAUUAGGAAUCGCAAGUCUGGUGGUUCUGGAGGUGCAAAAGUUGCUGAACAAGGAGAUGCAAUCACUUUCGCUGAUGUUGCUGGAGUCGAUGAGGCUAAGGAAGAGUUAGAAGAAAUAGUGGAAUUUCUCAGGAACCCGGACAGGUACAUAAAACUUGGUGCUCGUACUCCUCGGGGUGUUCUGCUGGUUGGUCUUCCUGGUACCGGCAAGACCCUUCUGGCAAAGGCUGUUGCUGGAGAAGCUGAUGUCCCUUUCAUUAGUUGCUCAGCUAGCGAGUUUGUAGAGUUAUAUGUUGGAAUGGGUGCUUCGCGAGUUAGAGAUCUGUUUGCUCGAGCGAAGAAAGAGGCACCAUCAAUAAUAUUUAUUGAUGAGAUAGAUGCAGUAGCUAAAAGUCGUGAUGGUAAGUUUCGCAUUGUCAGCAAUGAUGAGCGGGAGCAAACGUUGAACCAGUUGCUUACUGAGAUGGAUGGAUUUGAUAGCAACUCUGCAGUAAUUGUUCUUGGAGCAACAAAUCGUUCCGAUGUAUUAGAUCCUGCGCUUCUGAGACCCGGUAGAUUUGACCGUGUAGUUAUGGUGGAAGCACCUGAUAGGAAGGGAAGAGAGGCCAUUUUGGAAGUGCACGCCUCAAAGAAGGAGCUUCCUUUAGGAAAGGAUGUCAACCUUAGUGACGUCGCAUCAAUGACCACUGGCUUUACUGGGGCUGAUCUUGCUAAUAUAGUUAAUGAAGCUGCUCUAUUGGCUGGAAGGAAAAACAAAUCAUUGGUAGAGAAAAUCGAUUUCAUUCAGGCUGUAGAACGGUCUAUAGGGGGCAUAGAAAAGAAGACAGCCAAGCUGCAAGGGAGCGAGAGGGCCGUUGUUGCACGUCAUGAAGCAGGUCAUGCAGUAGUGGGCACUGCUGUUGCGAGCCUCCUCCCUGGACAGCCGCGUGUGGAGAAGCUAAGCAUACUACCAAGGACGGGUGGCGCAUUGGGGUUUACUUAUACACCACCAACCAACGAGGACAGAUAUUUACUUUUUAUCGAUGAGUUGCGUGGUCGUUUGGUCACCCUUCUUGGAGGGCGUGCAGCAGAAGACGUGGUGUACUCAGGGCGUGUGUCUACCGGUGCAAUAGAUGAUAUUAGGCGAGCUACCGACAUGGCAUACAAGGCAAUAGCUGAAUAUGGUCUCAAUCAUACCAUUGGUCCUGUAUCUGUUGGGACACUCUCCGGAAGUGGGAUUGCUGAGUCUGGAGGUAGUCCAUGGGGAAGGGAGCAGGGCCAUCUCGUUGAUCUAGUUCAAAGGGAGGUGAAGGAAAUGCUACAAUCUGCAAUGGAUGUGGCAAUCUGUGUCAUUCGUGCUAAUCCUACUGUCUUGGAAGGGCUCGGUGCUCAUCUGGAAGAGAAGGAGAAAGUAGAAGGGGAAGAGCUGCAAGAGUGGCUGAAAUUGGUAGUUGCUCCAGAGGAGCUAGCUUCUUUUGUCCGAGGCCAGCAGCAAGCUCCCUGCACAAGCGGCAGGUUCAUGACAGGCGUAAAGAUUGACAAUAUUCAGCUCCUCGAUGCCAGGCUGAACCAUGUAAUGGGGUAAGAAACAAUUACAUUGUAGAAUUGAUACCAACACAACCGUGCGGCAGGUACAGAGAUGAGCCUGAAGCCACCCUGAAUUUUGUAUAUGUUGGUUCAAUCUGGGUGGGAGUUAUGGCUUCAAUCUUUUUAACAUAUAAGGCAGCAGGGAAGAAGAAUCCAGCCAGCUACACGUACAUGUUCACCAGAGUGUUGUGGCCAAGAUGUUAUUAACACGAUGUUCAAAUAGCCUAGCAAGUUAGUCGAUUGACGGGGGUGUUUCAGUCAGUCAGAGUACAGUAUGUUGCUGCCUUUCGGGCUUCACCUAUUUGGCAUCUGAUUGUUAAGCCAUAGGGCACUCGUGUAUUCAUCUGUAUACGUUAUUACAUUACUCUGCAGAAGAAGAAAAAAAGGUUAUACCAUGUACACUAUACGAGCAUUUGUUUGUAAAUAAGAGGAAUUAUGUUCUUGGUA